CCCGCUCUCCGCGGGUCCCCGCCGCGGGGCCGUCGCCGCCCGAUCGGCAGCAGCACGAGGCCGGAGACGGCGCCGCGGCGGCCCGCAGGAUGGGCGGCAGGGCCGGCUUCUUCGAGUGCCCGAUUUUUAGGAAAAAUGCCCAGCUUUGUCACUGCCUCCCGCAUUGCUGCUCUGCUGUCCCGGAACCUUGAGCAAUCCAGACGCAGGAGCAGGCACGUGGCCGAUGCCCCCUCGAUGUCCUCACUGGCUGACCUGCAGGUUCGCUCUCCUGCUCCCGUUGUAUUGAACUUCUUUAUAACACCCAUUACUCUAAGGCAUGGGCAUCGUUGUUUUUACCUAAUUUUGCAGAUGGAGAAACAUGAGAAAGUGGAAUGAUUUGUCCCACCCCACCGAGCGCAACAGCAGCAGCAGAGACUGCUCUUUGGUGUCUCAUCAAUACCCUACGUCCAAGCAGUGCUAAUCCAAAUUCGGAUGUCUCUUGAAUUUACAUGUCAGCUUUGUGUGUCUCAGUCGUUUCCUCUGCACGGCAGAUAAUGGGCCAAAGCAGAUGUGCCUAAAAUCAUGCAGUGUGUGUCAGAGCGGACCCGAGGUGCAGCAUGUGGACAGGGCAGUGCAGGGUGCUGUUGCCUAUCACUUUCUGCACUGUUCUCCCCACUUAUUUGCUUUCUCUUACAAGUUCAAGAUAGCUCAGUGUGCUGAAUUACACUUCCUCAGCAAACAUCUGAAACUGAGUUACCAAAUACAGAAGGUAAAUGUCCCACCCAUCCCAAGACUUCAAGAGAGAAAAAAAAAAUCUCUAUUGAUACCACAAGUGGUAAUAUUCCCUACUUUGGAUUAGUGUGCAAUUCUACACUUAUCUGUACUUCUCAAAACCAUUUGCUCCUUAUUGCUUCUCUGUGGUGCCUCCUUGUAAGAAUUACAGAGCACUUUGCAAACACCAAACUCCUGCUGUCUGACUUUUUUCUAAUAUGACAGUUACAGGUUUAGCAGAGAUUUAUCAGAGGUGGAAUAUUCAUGUUUUGGGGCAUUUUAUCAGGGCCGGUAUGUAAUCAAUUUCAUACGGAGUAUGUGGGAAAGUCCUCUCCCUCAUCCAUGGAUGGACCUACAAAAAGAUGGGCAAGAGCGGAGAGUGGCUGUUUGUUCUUUUAUGAGAGUAUUUCUCACUGCUGCUAAAGACUUCAAAAGUAGGGAAUGUUGUAUUUACAUGACUUUUAAGAAGCCAGUGAAAGCUUUGGAAUUACCUUUAACUUCUUUCUUUGAAUUGGCUGUGUUCAAAGUUAAGUACCAAGAACUAUGAGCAACAACUAAAUUAAGCCUAUGUAUGCUGGAUCUAAUAGAUCAGCGCCAAAAAGUCCAGACUGGCUGAGUGAUUUGACUCUACUUAAGAGACGUCUGCAGUAGAACUGAUAGGUGGUCAGGUCCCCUGCACUCCUAGAUCCAUGUCUAGAUGGCUGCCUGCCUGCUUCUUGUUCUGCAGUAAUACUACAGUGGGUCUUGUUUGGGUGCUGCUAUGUUUCUCAUUUUAUCUCACAGCUGUUUUAUCACUAAUAGCUCAGAAGAAAGGUAGCAAGAACUGCUACUGUUCAGAGACAUGUGCAUGCCUGACAGUACUGCACCUGAUCAUUUGGAGAGAUUCACUGCUCAGAAUGUAGAGAUCUAUGACAGGGACUGGUAUCUGGAUAACUGAUGCUCUCUAGGAGUGCUCAUUUAUCUACAUUGAUUAGAAAAUAACUCUUCUGACCUAUUUUAGAUGUGUUUCAAAGCUUACAGUAUGGUUUAUCCUGAAAGUGCCAGCUUUUCUCCUUUCCCUACAAAGGGUUUAUAUGAGAUGCUCAGACGUAAAUAUCUGUAGUGCAGAGCUCUGAAGUUAGGCUGAUGAAUUCUACCCUUUUUCUGUUUGUCAGGUUUAGGUCUUCAAAAGCAUCGCAUGUAGAAAAAAUAGAACGGUCCUCUGUCUUCCUAGAGGAAAUAUGCUUAAGCAAAUACUGUAGAGAAUCGGUGUCGUAAGAGCUUCAGUUGUAAUUUUGCUUCCUUAACUGGUUUGGACAGAAAGUGCCUUUUGUAAGCAGUACUAACCAAAAUGUUUUGGAGUCUUCAUUCCCUGAGGAUAGACUGAGCUGACGUAUGCAGUACUGCUAAAAGCAAUAAUGUACUGCCUCCCUCCUCCCCCCUAUCCUUGCUGGCAUUUAAAGUAUCUCCCCCUUCUGACUGUGAUGAAAACCUUCUGAAUGCAGGGGGAUGGCUGCUGCCUGGCCAGCAUUGCUGAGAUGUCGCAGCUCCUGUUACAAAGGCUUCUUCCACUCAGAGCUAUGCUGUCUAAAUCCUCAUCAAGUAGAGACACCAAGAGCAAGUGCCAAAAGCAGGACUGCAGAAGAUUUUAAGAUUCUCUAUGCUCCAAGAGCUGCCCAAGCAAGACCAGGCCACGUGUAGAUGUUUGAACAGUCAUUUAAAGGGAGACUGCCGAAAAUUGCCCCACCAUUUGAAAAUGUCAUCUGCUUUCACAAGUAGCGCAUACAAUUAUCAUCACAGAAAGAGAUGAGAACAUGGGGAAAAACACUCUCCCUUUGUCUUCUUUCAUCACUUCUCCAUAUCUCUAACACUUUGUACAGACGGUUGUGCUGCUUUAUUUAAGAGAUGGGCAAUUUGUUCUUUUUCUCCAUCGAACUUGAGAGAGAAACUCUAAAUUUUGUAAAGGGGAAUAUGACAAUAAAAUGUUACUUGGCAGGGAGUACCCGGAGCCAUUCAGGGUUUGAAGGCUGCUUUUGAAAUCAAAAGUCUUAUUUUAGAGAAAAUAAUGGACUCCUUUGGAGUGUAUUUUGUGAAGUGGAUGUGAAUACUGAGUUCAGCUGUCAGCAUGAGAGCUCCAGGCUUCCCACACAUUCUGGUCUCCAUACAUUGCCAAAAGUCAGCAAACCCCAUAGUGAUACCUCUGGAUUAAAGAAUAAAAAAGUACAACUCCCCCCCUUCAGUCUCUUCUGUUCCAUGUUUGAAGCAUGCCCUGGAUUUACUUUUGACAUCCAUCCAACAAUGAUUCAUAAAAUGUAGUAAUGCAACUAUAGAUACUGAAGUUCAGUAUUGCAAAUCACAGUGCUGAUUCAAAGAAAUGAUCGUGUUUUCACAGAGAAUUUAUUAGCCUCUUCUAUCUGAAUAUUGUCAUUGUGGCAAAUAAUCACUAUGAACUAGAGCCCUGAGCUAUAGAAAAUCUCUUUUGCACAUGUAAAAGUCUGUGAAGUGCUGUUGAAAAACCUGGAUAUCUGCUUAGCAUUGCAUCAAAGCUAACUUAGAUUCUCAGAUGGAAGCACUCCAGCCUGCUUAAUAGCGACAGUGAUACUCAGUGAAAGAUGUGAGUCUUCAGCAUGACUGGGAAAUUGGCAGUGUGCAGCCCUGUGUUAGCCAGUGCAAGAAAAUACCCACUGAGCCAGAAUUAACUGGUGCAGGUCACUUUCCCAUCUUGUGUAUCCUCUUGGAAGAUAUCAUGAUAGCAAAAACUGGAAAGCUUUCAUAGGCUUUCAAGAGUCAAAAUUCAGUGUAAUAACCUCUAUCACACAAACCUCUACCAGCUGGGUGUUGUUGUUGUUGUUUGUUUGUUGUUUUUUGUUUUGUUUUUUGGAGAGGGGACAGAAAUUCAGCCUCUCACUCCAAGGGAACAAACCUUUAUUUUCCUCCCUGACUAUGCUUACAGACUCUUUCAAUCAGUUAUAUAAAUUGAUUUAAAUGGAUUUCUCUUUCCGAAGGAUGACCGUUUGUAGCCCUAUACCCGUUACCAUUCACAGAUGGUAAGAUCAAAUCAAGAAAGAAAAAUAAGCUUGCCAUGCAGUCAUGUUAGGCACCCAGCUCCAAGAGUGGUUAUGACAAUUUGCUUAAGCUAUCCAUCCAAGUUUACUUCAACUCCAGCCCUUCACUGGGUAGCGAAGGCAUCAGCUGCAGGGAAAUGGUGAACAGAAUGACAAUGGAAGGAAGGAAUGCUUAAAGCAAUCCAGAAAGAUGGGGAUUUAGGAUUUCUUUUUGGUAGAAGAUUCCAUCUUUUUUACUGGAAAACCUUCCUGUCCUUUCCUGUCUGUACUUUUUGGUCUCCUGAAUCCUUUAUUCCUUGGUGGCCCAGAUUCUAUGAGAGUUGGUAAUGGCAGAAGACAGUCUAAAGCAGAUUUCCACUUCUUGGCAGUGUGUCCAACCAUUAUAAAUAAAGCAUGAAGGGCUGCAUCACCACCUUUGCAACAGCUUAGUUUCAUUCAGAAGUAAUUUAAAUGCUGUGCUUUGUGCUGACCUUGGAAUGAAGAUGCUACUGGAUUGAGGUCCUUAAGGAUUUACAUGCAAGCAUGCCUAGCUCACAAGUCUGAAACAGGUGGAAGAAAUGAAAGGAUACCGAGUUCCAGAUGAUUGUUCUCAUGGAUGUACAUAGGAGCAGAAUUUAGGAGGCUGAGGAGUAAAACACCUUGUGUGUAUUUUGUGAACCUGUGCAUGUUAGACAUCUGCUUUAUGAAAUUCACUUGUCCAAGUCUCACUGCAUCUCCUUUUAUAAACUAGGUGAAAUAGUAAUAAGAUGCUAGUUUCAUGAAAUAGGAACUCUUCAGAGAGGUAAGGCUUUAUGUAGUUGGGCUACUGACAGCAUAAUGGCUCUCAGCAGAUAAUGAUGAAAUUUGGCUUUGUGGUAAUGACUGAAAACGAUAGCGGUUUCCCCUUGGCUUAACUCUAAUGACUUAAAUAAAGUUAAUUCCAAUGUGCCCUAGUGAGAAAUCACACUGAGGCAUGGCUGCUUCCUUCGUGAAAAACACACCAUUCUGGAAAAUUCUAAGAGAAUAGAGAAAAUGACUAAUACUAUAGGAAAAAUAAAACGUUUAGAAAGAUAUAAUAUUAGGACUGUGGCAACCACUGAUUUUUUUUUUUUUUUUUUUUUUUUUUUGGUGGUUAAAUUAAAGGAACCACACUUUUAUAAGCAGUCCAAUAGUUCAGGGAUAACUAAUUCAUUUUGUGUAGCUCUCUCUUGGGCUGCUUGGUUCCCAGGCUGUAAAAUAAGCAGUUUUGGUGUUUUUUUUUUUUUUUUUUUUCCCCUAAUUUAAAAAUAAACCAAUACAAUAUAUGCUUAUGUCAGCGUUCAGAAAAUCUCUCUAAGAUGGAGUUUGGAGUUUACUGAAUCUGCUGAGUACAAAUGACUGCAAAUAAAACUUCCAACAUGCAGAAACCUGAUGUGUCAGUAUUUCCUUAAAAGUUAUCACAUUGCUUUUGAAUAUCUGUUGAUGCUUAAGUAUCAAGCAGGCUCUAAACUGGGAGAAUUUGAUUUAUUGUAUUUUUGUAAUCCUAUUAAAGAGACACCAUCUAAAAAAAAAAAAAAAAAUCAGUUUGCUCAACCAUUUUCCCCCUAUGGAUAAACUUUCUGACCCUCUGAAUAAAAGUCUAACACUUGAAAGUAGUUUUCUUGGCUUUUAUCAUAAAUUGAUUUUUUUGAUCUUGACCUGUCCUAAACAAUAAUUCAGAUUUUUUCUCUGCCUUUUAAGACACUAUCAAUCUUUGCUCCUUAUUCAUGAGAACAAAUUUGUCUUCUCAACAUUGAAGGUGGAAAUCCUUGACUGGAAGACAAAGGAACAAUUAUGCUUCCUAGAUAAGGUGGAACCAAAUGCUACAAUUAGGGAGAUAAGAUCAAUGUUCCAUAAAUUAUUUCUUCAUGGUUUUACAGAUCCUCAGUGGUAUCCAGCAAGACAGUCAAUAAAACUUGAUCCAAAAGGAAAGUCCCUGAGGAAUGAGGAAAUCCUGCAGAACCUCCCUGUUGGCACAACUGCUACUUUAUACUUUAAAGAUUUAGGGCCACAGAUAGGAUGGACUACGGUAUUUUUGAUAGAAUAUACAGGUCCAUUGUUCAUCUAUUUUCUGUUUUAUUUCCGCAUGCCUUUUGUGUAUGGACUGGAUGAGAGGUUUACAUCAAGCCCACAUCCAGUAGUUAACUUGGCAUGUAUCUGCCAUUCUUUCCACUACAUCAAAAGGUUGAUUGAAACAAUAUUUGUUCAUCGGUUCUCCCAUGGGACUAUGCCACUGAGGAAUAUUGUGAAGAACUGUUUGUAUUACUGGGGAUUUGCAGCUUGGCUUGCUUAUUACAUCAAUCAUCCUCUUUACACUCCUCCUUCUUAUGGGAAAAAACAGAUUAAUUUUGCUGUGAUCAUGUUUCUGCUAUGUGAAGCUGGAAAUUUUUCCAUUCAUGUUGCACUUAGUGACCUCCGGAGAGAUGGGUCCAAAACUCGUAAGAUCCCAUACCCAACAAAGAAUCCUUUCACAUGGCUGUUUUUCUUUGUAUCUUGCCCAAACUAUACCUAUGAGGUGGGGACAUGGAUCAGUUUCACUAUCAUGACUCAGUGUGUUCCAGUGGGGCUGUUCACCUUGCUUUGCUUCAUUCAGAUGACAAUCUGGGCAAAGGAUAAACACUAUACCUACCUACGAGAAUUCAAGGAUUAUCCAAGCGUUCGAAUGCCAAUUAUUCCUUUUUUGUUGUAAGAAAAGUUCAGCUUCAAUACUGCAUGGAACUUCGAGAAGAAAAAGCUCAUGGAUUUUCUUUAUUCAUAAACCUCCUGCCAAAUAAAUGAAUUAAUUGAAAUGA